AUGUUCAUCUUUUUCCAGUGCGAGAUUUGCUUGCAAUAUGGUCUUCGGUGGGAAAACCGGGUUUGGCACCGGGAAAUUGCAACCCCAAUGAACUACCUAUAUUCACAAGAGAGUCCAUGGAACAGCGUCGAGGGAUGUUCUGCAGGGUUCUUUAUACCCGGGACACAUUCGUUUCUAACAUAUAACGGGAACAUCGUAAGACUCUGGAAGUACGGCUCGGGGCUGGUUUUGGUGAAGCAGCAUAUUCUAUUUGAGAGAGUUUGCCAGGUGGAAAAGUAUAGGAUAUCUCCAGACCAAGACGGUCUAGUUUUUCUGUUUCAUAAGGCAAAGAUUUCUCUUGUGAGGUUUGAUCCUCAGGAAAACGAAUUCAAGACAACGUCUUUAAAGUUUUUCGAAAAGGAUGAGUUCGACAUCAAAGACGAAGAUAUAAGGAAUGUCCGAAUAGGCACUGAUCUAGGGAUGUUUCAGAUGAACAAGCGUUAUUUUAGUGUCUUUCCUUUGUUUCCUGGGAUGUUCAACGCAAAGGUCUUUAAGUUUAUAGAUAUCGAUGGAAAGAUCAAGAAUCCAAUCGACUUUACUUUUCUGGAAAACUAUUCCAUUCCCACUGUGUGUCUGGUGUACGAUUCGCUUCCUAAGAAGUACACAGUUGUAAGGAAUUACAAUGCCAUAGUGUUUUCGAUUGAUCUAAGUGCAGGAAAAUUCCAUACUAUCGACGAGUUUCUAGUUCCCCCAAAAACAUUUAAGGUGGUAUGUGCCGGUUCCAUCCUACUGUUUAUAUCACACAACUCUAUAUUAAUAAGAUCUACAAGCAGCUCGUACUCGGUUCCUUUGAAUAGGAUGUCCGAAGCAUGUGAAGCGGGCAAAGCACUUAACGACGUAGUUCUUUUUGAUGUAAAUUUCUUUUCGAGAGGAAACACCUGCCUGAUAUUCAAUGGAAAUGGAGAUCGAUAUAGACUCGAGAUAUCGAUGGACAUAAAAAGAAUCAUAGGGGCAUCUCUGGAGUUUGAGAGAAGAGGAUCUAUAGCCAGUUGCAUAGGAGAGGUGGAGAACCUCUUAUUUGUUGGAUCUAUAGGCGACAGCUCGGAGUUGUUUGAAAUAAAGAGCCUCCGGCGAAGGACAGAAGAAAAUGUCAUCCCGGCUGAAAGAAGUGUACUGGAAGAGUAUUCUAAACUGUUUGGAAACAAAGACCAAGAAACCCAGAAACAAGAUGAAGAGUAUGCCAAGCUUUUCAAUGAAGGUUCUGAGUCAAGAGCUGGAGAAACUUUUACUCUCCAUCAAGUUGACGAGAUUUCAAACAUCGGAUUUUUGAAUGAAGUGGCGAUGAAAAGAGAAAAUGAAGCAGUCUUUGUUGUUGAAGGACUAGAGCCCGGAGUACGCGUUGUAAGCAAUAUUAUGCCAUUGAAAAUCUUGAAGUCUCAGAAGACAAGAAGAUAUUUGUAUUGUUCAAGGGUCUUAGACUUCUACAUUCUGGGUAGAGCAGGGGAUACAAAGGUCUUUAAAUGGCCUGAAAAGAGUCUUUUGGAAGUGGAUGGAAAAUAUGCUAAAGAUAUGGACACGUUACUUUUUGCGGAGUUCGGCACUGGAAUAAUUCAGAUUACACCUACCUUCUGGUUGGGAAUGGAUCAUAACCUUAAGGUGGUAGAGGAGACUUUACUAGCAAAGCGGCAGAGGCAAAAAUAA